UUUGAACUUCAAACGCGAGAAAAGUAGCACAGACCGGGCGAGAGAUACGGAUGCGAAGCGAUUAAAAACUAAAGCUCGGCAACAAAAACAUGACAUUAAAAUAUGUAGCAAACGCAGCCGCAUACAUCUAUGUGUAAAUAGUUGCCGGUUUGGAGCGAUUCUGGCAUUAUAAAACUGCAAAACAAAAAUCAUGUGCGAAUCCAAAAAUGUGAAAGACAUUCGGAAAUUGACGUAUCCAAACUUACACGUGUUUUCAAAGAGAUCGCAAUAAAUACGCAUAUAGAUUGCCGUGCCAGUGAAUAAGAAUGAGAAUGAGCCACCGAAGCACCUUUACUGAUGGAAACUCAUUUGCGAUUAGUUUUUGUCUGUUGCUGGCUAUUUUCGGCAGGUAUUGCGGCGCCACGUAUGCUCCAGAUGAUUCCCCGACCCUGACAACUACGUCCACAACGGUGGCAGCUGAGAUGCCGGCUCUGAACCCCGGCCACAGCUGCGUUAAUUGGACGGCAGCGCCGGAGGCUGCAGACGGAAACUGCACCCGCCUAACGCGCCAUGGAUUGAUCAGGUGCUAUGGCGGCAUGAAUAACCUGGCAUCGUUAAAUUCCAAGCUGGGAAAACUCUUUCCGGCACAACAGAUGCUGUUGUGCGGCUGGCCCAAGGAAGCCUUUAACCCGCUGGGCGAAUUGCAAAAGUUUCCCCAUCUGCGCUCCUUGACCAUCGAAUACAGCGGCUUCACAGAGUUCAUAUUCGACUUUCCGGAUAUGUUCCAUCUGCAGGCAAUUAACAUAUCCUGGACGAAUCUCUCGUACAUCUCUGCGCGCACCUUUAAGCGUGUGCAUGCGUUGCAAAUUUUGGAUUUGCGCUGGAACCAGCUGAUCCAGCUGGAUGGACCGCUGAUAUUGCCACGCACCUUCCAGCAGCUGUACCUGGCGGGCAAUCCGUGGAACUGUACUCGCAACUUCAAGUGGCUCUUGUUGCAGCCGGAGAAGGGUCGGCUGGUAGCCGAUCGCGAGGAGCUUAUCUGCACCGACCGCAAGUACAAGGAGCGACAAAUGCUGCUUGUCAUGCACUACAAGGUGGUGCUGAGAAGAGAGUGCCAAUCGCAUGCGGAUCUCCUGAACUGCACAUGCGUAAUGCAUCACAUAAUUCCCAAGGCAUACAUUCCACUUUACACGGUCAACUGCUCGCAUCUCCAGUUUCAAAGCUUGCCCGCGUAUUUGCCAGAAAAUACAACUACAUUGUAUAUAAAUGAUAAUCAGAUCAGCGACAUUUAUCCACUGAAAGAUAAUCCACACUAUCGUCAUGUGGUGGAUGUGCAGCUGGAAAACAAUCGGAUCUCUAACAUUGACCUUCUAGAGGACACAUACUGGCUGCAAAACUUUCGCUUGCUCAAUCUGCAGGGAAAUCUGUUGCGAAAACUUCAGGUCUAUGCGCUGGACAAUGCCCUUAACGAUAACGAGAAUGCGAAUCUCCUGCUGCUUAGCAAGAAUCCCUGGCACUGCACAUGCAAGUUUGGAAUGCGACUGCGCGAAUUGCUAACCAAGUACAAGGACAUUGUUCGUGAUGCGUGGAACGUCACCUGCACCUAUAUGCAGGGUGACGAGCUACGCCUGGCCAAGGUGCUGUCGCUGACGCGUCACGACAUGUGCAACAUAAGCCCUGACGAUGGCAUGCGAAUCCAUCCCAUCGACUGGCUGAACUGCGUCCUGGCCAGUCUCAUCAUACUGAUACUUGGCAAGCUCGCCUAUGACUACUAUUUCUAUAAAUAUCACGGCCGGGUUCCUUGGAUAGUCUUGAAGAUGCCGUAGGAAAGCUCAGUUUUUAAAUAGUUGGUUCAAAGUAUUACAAAUGUAAAUAGUUGAGGGUGUUCGACUAGAGAUACCUUUUAGCAAAUUUUAUUACAGAGUAUAAUAAAAUAAAUGCUUUUUGAGUUGCGCUAUCAAAUAAGUUCACAUAGGGCAAUUUUAUCUUAUUAAAAUAAGAAUUAUUUAAUUUGUACUUUUAUAUUAUACAAAAUUUACGAAAAGUGUAAAUAUAUUUGUAACUGGAGCUUUUACGGAAGUAUUUCUUAAGCGAAAUAGUAAUUAUUGUAUAUUCAAGUAUUUGUAAUAGCUUUCUGUAUUUUUCUGUAUUUUAAUAGCAAAUUACUAAGUAAAUAUUUGCCUAUUUUA